AUGCGUCCUUCCGCCUUCGAAAUCGGCCAGACCGGCCAGCCGCGCCUCCUUUCCGUCACUUCGACCCCGGCGCUGACACAGUCCAUCGAUUCCAACAACAACAACAAGCUAGCGUCUCCCGAGACACUUGCCGCUAUGGCUGGUGUGCCGAAAAAGAGCGGCGACGUCCAUACCAACAAGGCGGACCCGAGUCUUCAGGCGACGGAGGCCGAAUCGAGCACCGCGCACUUGGGCAAGGAGGGGCUGAACGGAACCGUGAACGGGAUGAGCAACUUGGUCUCGGAAGCAGGCGGUCGCGAGGUCGAAUCGAGCCCUCGACAACCAUUCGAGUCAAACCGAGUCCACGAAUUGCAGAACGUUACGAAUGGCCGGAGUAUCAAUUCAAAGAAGAUUGCUCCCACCUCGGACGUUACACCCUUCGCCUCUCAGACAGGUGCCGUCGUCAAGACUCUCCAAAACGUCAACAACGGCGCCGCAUCUACCGGCCCCCAUCCAUCACCGCCCGACAACUCGCAGCCCUUAGCUUCGGCUGCGCCGAACGGCCGUAUCCGAUUGACUCUAAAGAUUCCAGCUACAGCUCUCACACAACAGGCCGGUGGCGCCACGCAGGCCAGCGACAGAGUCCUCACCAUGGACUCUAAUUAUUGCGCGUCAACUCUCAUCAACAAGUACGGAGUGAAGCGCAUGGGGCCAUUCCUCACUGCCAACGGGGUCGAUCUCGCACAGUUCGAUGGCAAGAAAGCGAAGGGCGCUGCCAUGGCAACUGAAGUCCUCCGCGUACAAGCGGAACACCGCAGCCAACAGGCAUUGGGGCAAGAGGGGACGAAAUCCGGUCCAUCCACGAAUCUUGUUCAACCCAAAUCCCAUGAUGCCCCCGAUCAGCCAUCGCAAAUUCCAAAUGGCUCUCGGAAGCGUGCUCGGGAAGAAACGGACUCUGACUUCAAAGACGCUACGAGCGCGCCAAAGAAGGUUAAGACUGGCAAGGCCAACUCAGCUAUGCGUAUUGAGCAGUCUAAAUCUCAGGGAACAGAUAAUCCCGUCAUGCUGCCAUCGCCCGCUCAAACCGUUCCGACUUCCGCAACGCCAUCAAUAUCGCGCCGGGUCAUUACCUUGAGGCGCACAUCACCACUCCUGUCGCCGUCUCCUAACGACCCACGAUGUGUUUCCAAGACGCGAAAGCUUCUCUUGAUGAUCAGGACGCAAGCUGAACACGAUGUAGCGGCUGAGAAUGAGGAAUCCGAUGAUGACUCCGACGACGAGUCUGGGGACGACUCGGACGAUGACGUCUGCAUGAGCGACUCGGAUGAAGAAGAUGCGGGAGAGGGCAACAAGACAACUCUCUCGCUUCUGACGAACGUACAUGGACAGCCGGUUCUCUCUUGUGAUGCUCAAUUCCUAAUCCAUCGCAUCGUUCAGCUCUCCAAUUCGAUGCGAGCCUGCGGUUCAGAGCCAGCAGAUCGAGACAAUCGAGAGAAGCAAGAGGAAUUGCGGAAGGAGCAUACCCAAGCGCGGCAGGAGCUGAAGUACGAGCUGGAGGAGAAGGUCAACUGGGAUGAUGAACUUGACGCCGAGCAGCAGGCUAGGAGCUUGGUCUGUCAGGUCUUCCCUUAUUAG